AUGUUGCCGUGUAUCAUCUUUUCGUUCAGCAGGAAAGAAUGUGAAGCAUAUGCACUCUCCCUCAAGGACAUGGAUUUCAACGAAGAGGAAGAAAAGAAGUUGGUACGUGAAAUAUACAACAGUGCGAUUGAUCUUCUGAGUGAUGAGGACAAGAAAUUGCCACAAAUAGGACAGGUACAAUUAGCUGUGGUGAUUCUACCGUUGUUGCUGCGAGGAAUCGGAGUUCAUCAUUCUGGUCUGUUGCCAAUUCUCAAAGAAACUGUAGAGAUCUUGUUUGGAGAGGGAUUGCUGAAGACAUUGUUCGCAACCGAGACAUUCUCGAUGGGUCUGAAUAUGCCAGCAAGAACUGUAUUGUUCACCUCGGCGCGGAAAUUUGACGGAGCAGACAAUAGGUGGGCUUCAUUAAUUACUAUCGCCCUUUUCGUUUUUUCAGCAAAAUUAUCAUUUUUGCUCAGGUGGAUCACGUCCGGAGAAUACAUUCAAAUGUCCGGAAGAGCAGGACGGCGUGGAAAGGAUGAUCGAGGUCUUGUGAUUUUGAUGGUGGAUCAUAAAAUGAGUAGUGAAGAUGCAAAGCAAAUCAUUAAGGGCGCGACAGAUCCGUUGAAUUCACAGUUCCGUCUUACUUAUAACAUGGUGCUGAAUCUCUUGCGGGUGGAAGGUGUGAACCCAGAGUUUAUGCUGGAACGAUCAUUUUACCAGUUCCAGAAUUAUGAUGCCAUCCCGGGUCUCAAGAAAAAAACCCAAGAGAAAGCCAUAGAGAUAGAAAAUAUGCAUUUGGAACAUGAACGAGACAUCACUGCCUUCUUCGAUAUGGAGAAACAGGGUGCAACAGAUCCACUGAACUCACAGUUCCGUCUUACUUACAAUAUGGUGCUAAAUCUCUUGCGGGUGGAAGGUGUGAACCCAGAAUUCAUGCUGGAACGAUCAUUUUACCAGUUCCAGAAUUACGAUGCCAUCCCGGGUCUCAAAAAAAAAACCCAAGAGAAAGCCAUAGAAAUAGAAAAUAUGCAUUUGGAACAUGAACGAGAUAUCACUGCCUUUUUCGAUAUGGAGAAGCAGAUAGCCAAUCUUCAAACUACUAUAAAGAAAACGAUCUGCAUGCCUAAGUACUUGGUCCCUUUCUUACACGCAGGAAGGAUGAUACACGUUGUAGCUGGUACUCGUGACUUUGGUUGGACAGUGCUGGUUAACUUUCACAGGAAAACGAAUGUUGAUGAUAGUAGCCAGAUGGCGACAUGGGACGUCGUCUCAAUCGCUUUGGAUUGCGUAGAUGAAAUUAGUGCAGUCAGGUUGAAGCUUCCUCGAAAAUUGGAUUCAAAUUCGAAAGGCGUCAUUGAGCAGAUGAUUAAGGUUUCCAUAACAGAAAUUCAGAGCGUCAAGCAAAGAUUUGCCAAAAUUCCACUCUUACAUCCGGUCAACGAUAUGCGCAUUACCGAGCCAGCAUUUGUCCAUGCUGUAGAAAAAGCGACCGAGUUGGAACAACGGAGUCAGGAGCAUCCUCUUCGGAAAAAUCGCGAUUUUGAGAUGAUCAAGAAGCAAUACCUUGUGAAGGUACGAUCUUCUUUUAAGAUUUUUGGAGAAAGUUCCAAAAUCUUCAUUUUUCCAUUCAAGGAGGAGAAGAGGCGAGAAUUGAAGUCAUUGGAAGAAGAACUGCGUAAAGCUCAGUCGGUACUUCAAUUAGACGAGCUUAGCCAUAGAAAGCGUCUGCUUCGAAGGCUUGAGUAUGCUGAUAAGUCUGACAUCAUAACGGAAAAGGUAUGCCUGCAUAUGUAUCCCUAUAUGAAUUACAGAUCACUUAGAUUUUUCAUCCUUAUCGCACUAGCAUUGUUCCAGGGCCGA